AUGACUAAUUCCGGAGGACAAUCUCAUGAUGGAGAGGACUCAAUGGCUCUCUUACUUAGGGAGUUUGCAAGGAUGACCACGGAGAUGAGUGCAAUGAGGGCGGAUGUGGGAAGUAUCAAUGUUAGGUUGGCAAAUGUGGAGCAAACUAGUAGGUUGGGCACUCCCCAAUCAAAAGAUGGGGAUGUGAAUGUUGGAGAUGACUCCAAUACCACAAUCCCACUUAUGAAGAAGAAGUUAAGGCGUAUGAGCGGGAGAGAUGGUGGGAGGAGCCACGGUAUGGAGGGAGACAUAGGUAUGAUGCCCAAAGGGGACGAGGGAGGCGAUGAGGUUUUGGUAGACCCUAUGAGGAGCGGGGUAGAUGGCAAGGUCAUGAUGACCGUGCUAGAUGGCAAGGACAUGAUAACCGAGCGAGAUGGCAAGGCAAAGUAUGCACUCACCCAAUUUGAGGGGUAUGCAUCCACUUGGUGGGAAUCCAAGAAACGUGAGAGAGCUCAACGACAUAUAUUUGAUAUGCCAACUUGGCAAGAGUUGAUUGAGCUCAUGGAAGCAAGGUAUGUAACACCUAACUAUUAUCAAGGUGUUAUCAAAACAGUAUACAUGUUGAGGCAAGGUAGUAAGAGUGUGGAAGAAUACUUCGAUGAGUUUGAGAAAUUGAGGUUGAAAUCCAAGAUCGAAGAGCACUUGAACUACACGGUGAUCCGAUUUGUGGCCAAUUUGAACCAUGAUAUCUCCAAACCCAUGAGGCUUCAUUCCUAUAUCACACUUGAGGAAGCAUUUCAUGAUGCAACUAAGGUUGAAGCAGAUUUGAAAGCGGAGAAAUCUUACAAGGCUAAGAAUGUGUCAUCCUCAUCAUGGAGCAAGGAUAGAUGGGAAAAGCCUAAGAUCACUACUCCAACUCCUCAAGCCAAGUUUGAUUACAAAGCCAAGGGUGAAGACAAGGCUAAAGGAGGUAACAAUGCUAAACCUAACUUUCCUCAUCCUUCUACUAUUCAAUGUUUCAAAUGUCAAGGUAGGGGACACAUUGCAAGUGAAUGUCCUAAUAGAAGGGCAAUUGUGGCCAUGCUUGAUGGUUAUCGAACCGAUGAAGAGGAAGAGGGUGGUGGAGGAGGUAGUGAUGGUGAACCGAAAGGUGAACAUGAGAGAGAAUUUGAAGAGGAGAAUGAUGAAUGGCAACUAGAGGAGAAUAUUAAUUUGGCUUGUGUGUUGCGAAGGAUCAUGGUUGCAAUGAAUAGAGAGGAACUUGAUCAAAGGGAAAACCUCUUCCAUACUCGAUGCAAAAUAAUGGAUAAGGUGUGCUCCUUGAUCAUUGAUGGUGGUACUUGCACAAAUGUGGUGAGCACGACAUUGGUUGACCAUAUGAAAUUUCCCACAAGGAAAUAUCCUAGCCCCUACAAGCUUCAAUGGUUCAAUGAUUGUGGAGAAGUGAGGGUCACGAAGCGGGUUGUAGUGAAGUUUAGCAUUGGCAAGUACCAAGAUGAAGUCUUAUGUGAUGUGGUGCCAAUACAAGCAUGUCAUAUGUUACUUGGGAGACCAUGGCAAUUUGAUAGGGAUGCUCAACAUAGUGGAAGAUCUAACAAGUAUUCCUUCGUCUUUGGGGGUAGAAAGUAUACUCUUACCCCAUUGACACCCUAUCAAGUGAGUGAGGACUAUAGAAUCAUGAAAGAACUCCGGAAGAGAGUGCAAAUUGAAGAGGUUGAAAAAGAGUCCUUACUUAGCCAAGAGGAUCAAGGGGUAACAAAAGGGAAAGCCAAGAUGUGUACACUUGCCAAACCAAGCAAUUGCUUGAAAGGUGUUGAUGAGGGGCACUUCAUGGUGUGCCUUGUCAACAAGGAUCUCUUAUUGCAUACUAACCAAGAUACUAGCACUUUGCCUAGUAUUGUUUCUUCUCUUCUUCAGGAAUAUGAUGAGCUAUUUCCGGAGAAGAUGCCCAAAGGAUUGCCUCCAUUGAGGGGUAUUGAACAUCAAAUUGAUUUUGUGCCGGGAUCCCAAAUUCCCAACAAACCGGCAUAUAGGAGCAAUCCGGAGGAAACUAAGGAGUUGCAAAGGCAAGUUGAAGAGCUCCUUGAGAAGGGUCUUGUCAAAGAAAGUCUUAGUCCAUGUGUUGUACCGGUGACUCUUGUUCCAAAGAAAGAUGGCACUUGGAGAAUGUGCAUUGAUUGUAGAGUCGUCAACAAAAUCAUGGUAAAGUAUCGACAUCCUAUUCUUAGACUUGAUGAUAUGUUGGAUGAGCUAUAUGGCUCAAGUGUAUUUUCGAAGGUUGAUCUUAGAAGUGGCUAUCAUCAAAUUCGUAUGAAUCCGGGUGAUGAGUGGAAAACGGCCUUCAAAACCAAGUUUGGUCUCUAUGAGUGGCUUGUUAUGCCAUUUGGCCUAACCAAUGCGCCUAGCACUUUUAUGAGGUUGAUGAAUCAUGUCUUGAAGCCCUUUAUCAAUAAAUUUGUGGUUGUCUAUUUUGAUGACAUUCUUGUGUAUAGUAAAACAAUGGAGGAGCAUGUAGUCCAUUUGAGACAAGUGUUUGAUGUCUUAUUGCAUGAAAAGUUGUUUGCUAAUCUCAAGAAGUGUUCCUUUGGGGUUGAUAAAAUGGUAUUGUUGGGUUUUGUUGUGAGUGUGAAUGGUGUGGAGGUUGAUGAAGAAAAGGUGGAGUCCAUUAGAACUUGGCCAACUCCUAAAAAUGCAACCGAUGUGAGGAGUUUCCAUGGGUUGGCAAGUUUCUAUAGGCGAUUUGUGAAGGGAUUUAGUACUAUUGCCUCUCUUUUAACUGAAUUGAUAAAAAAGGAAGUUCUUUUUGUUUGGGGGGAUGAGCAAGAGAAGGCUUUUCAAGAGUUGAAGUCCAUAUUGAUUUCGUCACUAUUGUUGCAAUUGCCAAAUUUUGAGAAGACAUUUGAAGUUGAGUGUCAUGCUUCCGGGGUUGGUAUAGGCAGAGUAUUGAUGCAAGAGGGCAAGCCAUUGGCUUACUUUAGUGAAAAGCUAAACGGGGCUUCUUUGAAUUGCUCUACUUAUGACAAGGAGUUGUAUGCACUUAGACAUGCAAAAUGGGUUGAACUUAUUGAAGCAUUUCCUUAUGUGAUCCAUUAUAAGAAGGGUAAGUAA